AUGUGUUUAUGUGUGUGUUUUAUUUCACAGUGUCCUCCUUGUCGCAGUCUAACCCGAGUGUUGGUGGAAUCGUACCGGAAAGUGAAAGAAUCAGGGCACAAAUUUGAGAUUGUGUUUGUCAGUGCUGAUCGGUCAGAGGAGUCAUUUACGCAGUAUUUUAGUGAGAUGCCAUGGUUGGCGGUGCCAUACACAGACGAGGCCAGACGGUCACGACUCAACAGACUCUAUGGAAUCCAAGGUAUCCCCACACUGAUUUUACUGGACGCAGACGGUCACAUGAUCACGCGACAGGGGCGGGUGGAGAUUCUCAAUGACCCCGACUGUCGGCUCUUCCCGUGGCACCCGCGACCCGUUCUGGAGCUCAACGAAUCCAACGCCGUGCAGCUACAUGAAGGGCCCUGCCUGGUUCUGUUCGUAGAUGCUGAGGAAGAGGGAGAGCUGGAGCCGGCCAAGGAGCUCAUCCAGCCAAUCGCAGAGAAGAUCAUGGCCAAAUACAAGGCAAAGGAGGAAGAGACGCCACUGCUCUUUUUUGUUGCUGGAGAGGAUGAUAUGAGCGAUUCCCUGCGGGACUACACCAACCUGCCUGAGGCCGCGCCACUCCUCACUAUCCUGGACAUGUCAGCUCGUGCCAAAUACGUUAAAGACGUGGAGGAAAUCACACCUGCCGUGGUAGAACAGUUUGUUAGUGACUUUCUGGCCGAGGAGCUCAAACCGGAGCCCAUUUGAAGUCCUUGAACUCCUUGCACCCUGUUACCCGAACCUCCAUCUGGCCCUUGACCUCCAGGUGUGCUCUCUCUCCUCUUCCUUUCAGACUGUUCGAACAGAAGCGUACUUUGUAUUGACAUUUUAUUUCUUUUAAUACAUGCCCCUCCAUCUCGAAGCGGCCGCCUCCUCCUGUGGUGCCUUGCAUUUACUACAGCGCUGAUGGUAAAAUGCAAAUUUUAACGUUGAUUGUCUUUUGCCGUUACAUUUUGAGAUUAGAUUGAACCCUGCAGCUGCAAGUGAACACAACUUUGUUCUGAUUUGCUUUUAUUGACAUUUUUAUCAAGUAUUUCCUUCUAUCCUUGGAUAUUGUUUAAAAAAUCAAGAGCAUAGAAUAAAUAUAGCUUGGUAGAUGUAUUAUUAUUAUUUUUCCACAGACACUGCACAUUUUACGUGGCCAUAUGUUCUGUACGGCUGUGAUUCUCUACUUAUGGGUGCUGAUAAAUAUGCAUACAUGAACAAGCUGAUGUUAAUAUCCGUGUAUAGAAGGCACUAUCUAUUCUUUGUGUAGCUGCCGCUGUUUAUUUUUAAUGCAGUUGUCUAUAGUUGAUUCUUUAAAGGUCUUCGCCCACCUUCUUGUUGAUAUUUGAUAUUGUUGAAUGACUAAUCUGUUUCCAUCUCAAACAUGACAUUUAAGUGGAUUUUCUGUGAAGGUCCCCUGUAUUAAAGCGGUCUAUGUUUUUUGAAGGCACAAUAAACAGCAUCUAAUUGCAAGCUUCCUUACAAAAUGUAGCCAGUUAAAGCACACAGUCUGUCUGUCUUUGGUUGUUUUAAAUGUCAUAGCCAUUAAAACCCACUGUUUAAAAUGUCUCCGUGUUCUCUUUACAUAGCAAUUCAUACUC